CUGCAGCUUCCAGCUUUUUCUGCAACAAUUAUCACAAAAACGCAUGUGAGAUUGCAGAGGGGCUGUAGAUAUAUGCAGACUAUGAGUUUCUCCUUUUUUUCUUUUUUAAUUUUUGGAUGCUGGUGUGCCGCGGGAAUUCUGACAAGGUUAAAGUGUGCCGUUGCUCAAAAAAGGUUGAAAAACACUGAUCUAAAGACUACGUUACUUUUUAAAAUUAAAAACAUUUUCUUUUCUUUUUUUCUCCAACAGAGAGCCACGUUGGAGUGGUCAAAGAGCCCCACAUGUGGCCCCAGGGCCUCGGGUUUCCUCUGCAUCAUUCACUUUACUAUAAGUUCAAGCUAGGAAAUAAAUGGCAGAUGUUUAAGUCUAAUCUCUAAGCAGAAGAAUUUUUUUUCCAGUGCAACAACUGAGAAGACGUCUUUUAUCAUUUCAAAUUAAAGCUGAAUAGAAGCGAGCACAUCCAUGCAGCACCAAGUCCUGAAAGCUGCAGCUCUCUAAAGUUUACUUUCAGAAAAAUACAAACCCGAUGAAAAGAUCUUUCCAUUGGAAGUUUGUCACAACCAACUUGGUGGUUAGAAAUUGUGAAGUCAGACGCCAAUUUAAAUGAGGGCAAGCUGUUCAGCAAAAUAAUACAGGAUGUGCAUUCUGUAAGAGCAGCGGAAGUGAGUAUAGUUAAUUAAUAAGCGAGCUAUAAAUCAUUCUCCUGGGAAAUGACUGCUCACACCAUGACAUGUAAUCCUGAAGUGUCAUUACGCAUCAGCAGUUUGUGUCUCAGCUGCACCACAGCUUUAUGCCAGACGAUUAUGAACGUUCCUGCAAACACAAUCUUUUUGCAUCGUUUAGCAAAAUCAUCCUGUUUUUUAAGUUGUCUUCCACAUGUAAUAAUUUUUUACUUAAAAUUGGGAUGAAAAUUUGGAAUUUAGGGUUCAGUUCAUUUGCUAUUUUGUCAUUAUUGCUUCUCUGUUUUGUCUUCUGGUUCUAUAGGUUUAGUGUCUGCAUUACAUCAUAAAAAGGUCCAUCUGUAGCGUUAGUUUAUCUUGCUAGGAUAAAAACAACUCUUUUUGCACUUUAAUUUGUUUUUAUUAAUUUAACACGGCCAGCUCUUAAAAGACAAAAAGGCGGGGAAGCCUCUAGUCAUUUGGGUAAAUGAGUUAGCUGGUUUAUUGACCCUCCGUUUAAAUAGGGCUGUUGGACUUUCUCCUCCUCCAGUAGCUGCUCACACAUCAUCCCCAACGUUUGCGCUUCUGGAGAGCCAUUCAUCCGCGCUGAACAUGCGACCGGUCUUUGUUUCAUUGAUCCUGAUUGCCGCACACAUUUCUGCAGAAGCAGACUGCAGGGCGAUCUUUCAGCUGCAGCAGCGGCAGCACGUGACGGGCAGCAACAAAACGGGGACACGCUCGAGUUCCACCACGGGAAGAAAAAGUUUGAACUGGGGGCUGAAUGCAGCAGUGAAAAAAGGCAGUUACAGAGGCCUUCUGGUUGUUGUUCCAGUGAGAACAGCUACAAGCAACUUUGUGUCAAUAUUUGACUUGAGGACGAAACAGUUUCUCUGCUCCAACUCAAAGGGACAGCUGAUCAAGUCUAGACAGAAGGACAGACCGGACUGUUUUCUCCAGCGCUUCAGGUUAAAUCUGGCAAAGCGGCGCCAUGUGUUUUCCUCAACAAGUGGGAAGCAGCUGCUCAAACCGGGGGGAGGAGACGAGCCCCCAGAAGUCUCCUCCGUCCUGCUGGAGAGGGCGAAGAGGCACAGAAGGAGUAAGGAGGUGAACCCCUCUGACCCGCUCAUGUCAGAAACGCAUCCGUCGCUUCCUGCCAAAGAUGGAGAUAAGAGCCAGCCGGAGCAGGACCAGGCUGGAGCCGUGUCCAAGGAAACCAUCGCGUCCUGCGACGACCCGCUGCGGGUGCUGAGGCCCAACGGCUCGGGAAGCCCCGUCAAGACCAACAUUGUAGGCCGCGCGGAGCAAAACUGAGACUUGAGGGGAACCGGUCCCACUGGGGGAGCGGAUCCUCCCCUGACGUUUCUGUGCAUAACAGACUCACACUUUUUUAUUCCAUCGUUACAAGGCGUCAAAUGUGUUGGCGUUCACGACACGAAGCUUCACUGGUGUCAAAACUACCUGAUGUCCCGGUAAACCUGGUUACAUCACAGCGCCUCGUUCUGUUUGAAGAACAGACCUCUGAUAAAUCUGGCAACAUCUGACGUAAGUUUGAUCCAGCCUCCUGCUGUCCUUCAACCUACUUUAUCUGUUAAAUUUUAAUCCAGAAAGCAGAUGAGGCCAUGUUUGUUUUGCAUAAAUAAAAUAGGCCAAUCGAGGCGUAAUUCCCGGUCUUUGUCUAUGAAUGAACGUCAAUUUCAUGUUUUAAAAAAAAAAAAAAGGAAAAAGAUCAGGUGCUGGACACCAAAAGUCACAGCAAUGAAAUUUAUUUAUUUAUUGAAAUGUGUAAACGUGACUCUAGCUUGGUGUUUUAUUUAUAUACUUCACAAUGUAUUGUUUCUGACAUGAAAAAAAAGAAAUGACUAUUUCAUGGAUUUUCUGUUUGUUUUUUCUGACCCCAUUGGCAGAUUUUCUGUAUUUGUACUUUUCUUUUAUUGUGCAGACAGUCAAACAACAACUUCUGUUGCUCACUUUUGUCACUUGUACUUAAAGCUGUGCUAAAAGAUGACGGAUGACAUGAAGAAUGUGCGUCCCUCUACGUUUAUGCUCAGAUUUAGUCAAAUAAAAGAGUUUGCUUUUCCUCGA